GCAUAAAAAUGGCACUUAAGUCAGCCUUGUUCAUCGCGGUUGUGUGUUUAGCUGUACAGUCAUUGACUGCAUGCUGCGGCUGUGGAAAAUCCAUUAACAUUCGUCCGAAAAGCGCUGGCAAGCUGAUCGUGAAAGAAGAAAUCGAGAAGAUCAGUUACAGACCAUCCAUUGGUGUUCGUCCGAUAAGCUCAAGCAACUGCGUGUCCAUCGACGUGCCUAGCUAUGGUGGGUCUCUGGCUGUCACCAGCAUCGGCCCCAUCUCGCCGUCCGGCAUCACCGUGGCCACCGAGCUGGACCUGGCUGGAGACCUGGAGCUCUCUGGCGAGCUGCCGUACCUGAGCGCCGUAGAGUUCCAGGGCAGCUUCGAUACCAGCGAUUCUGUGGCUGUGUCUUACGGCUGUGGUGACUCCGUUGGCAUCACGGAACAGAUCGGAGGCAUUUCUUCGAGCAGAGGCAUUUCUUCAAGCGGAGGUAUUUCUUCGAUCGGAGGCAUUUCUUCCAUCGGAGGAGGUCGUUCUUACGCCAGAAAUAUCGGCGGCAGCUCUUAUGGCUCUUCUUACAUUGGUUGUGGUUGUGGAUGUUAAAACUGAACCCAUGUGGAGGAUGUGAAUACUGAAAGCUAAACUGAAUGUGUUUAAAUAAAUGUUGAAUAAGCAUUAAUGAUAUCGUG